CCGGGGUAACUGUCACUGUUUGGCGUCCGGAAAAUGUAUUUACUUCAGGCGAAUUUAUAGUGUCAGCCUUGAUAUAGCCGUGUGGAGCUACCAGCAAAUUUCAACUGAGAAAAAUUCAAUGUGUGUAGAUUGUUCAGGUCUUUUAUCAAAUCAGAAUCGUUGUUGCAAGAAACUUAGCCACUGUCCCCGCAUAGACCCACCGUAAUGGCCGAGCUUCUGUCCCGCGAGAAGGAACUCUUCAAGAUAAACCAGGAGCUGAAUCUCCUGACCCUCAGUCCAGCCGUCGAAGCCAUGUACCCGGCAAAGGGGUCACCCACUGCGGUGACGGUGCCGCGUUACGCCACCUUCCAGAAGCAAAAGGGACCGAGCAGCCUGCUCCGGAAGAAGGGUGUCCCCACAGCGCCCACGAAGAUAGCACCGAAAACUUCGCCCGGCAGAGAUGUGGCGCCCACAGCCCGGUCGCCGCUGCCCGAUACAGGUCCGCUGGCCAAGUCCAAGCCCGCUGCCGGACCCACCUCUCCCACCACCCGCACAAUGUCCAAGUUCAGCACCUUCACGCGGGAUGUGAGCAGCAAGACGGCCACGUAUGUCAAGUACCGGAAUCCAAACUUCAGCGAGAGUCCUUCCCUGGACGAACUGCUGCGUGUCGACGCCGAGGAGGCGGCCCGGAAACAGGAUGUUGUCGAAGUGGAGGUCACACAGAAGCGGGAGAGUACCACUGUCGUCAAUGGCCAGCUGAAGAAGCAGGUCACCAAGGACAACUUUAUCAAAUUCCUCAAGGCCAAGGUGGCCAUUCUGGAAGAGGAUCAUGCUCACCACGCCGGAGAGCUGACCCGACAGAAGGAGCAGCUGGAGCUCGCCUUGGAAGCGCAACGCAAGUCCGAGAACCAGCGCGACCAGACGGUCAGUUCCAACAAGCAUCUCUCCGAGCAACUGAUGCGGGCCGAACGCCAGUGCGAAGAUGCCAACCGUCGCCAGAAGGAGCGCCAGCUCGAGUUCAUCACCCAGCAGCGGGAGCUGGAGCAGCUGAAGCGGGAUGCCAAGGUCUCCAGGCAGACGACCAUUAACCUGGAGAACCGACUGUCGCGCGUCCAGGAGGACGCAGACGUGGCCCGCCAGGAGCUGAAGCUGCUGCGCGAGGAGCAGCGCGACCAGUUGGAGGCGCAUCGGAAGGAACUGAAGCUGCGGGACGGCCGGAUCCGGGCCCUUAAGCGCCAGCGGGGCGACCUGCUCAACGCGUACAAGAAGCAGCUCUACAUGAUCGACAACCUGAAGCGCCAGACCAGCUGCUUGGAGCAGUCGGCGGCCAUCGGAUUCGGCGAGAAGGAGUUCAACAAGGUGCUCGACUGGAAUGCCAAGACGUGAACCCUUUCGCAUUCCGCAUCAAAAGCAGCCUAGGUUAAGCAUAACUCAGCAAUGUACAUAAGUGGAAUGUAAUUACAUUUUAUGGUCUCACUCGAAGAUUCCCCCAA